AUGCGCUUCUUUCUUCCGAAGUUUCAUAUUUUAGGUGCUCUUAACAUAUGUUCACACCCCGUGUACAAUAUAAGGCCCCACGUAUCUAUAUUAAAAAAGAAUGCAAAUAAUUUUAGUAGUUCUCAACUUGAGGAUGAAAGUAGAGGGUCUCUGGUGUAUAAAAGCCCACAUAACAGAAUUGUUUUGGGAGCCAAAACUUUUUCUCUGAUGUCCAGUUCGACUGUCUUCUUACUUCAACCGUUAUUAUUUACAAACAUCUCAAAUCCAAAAGUUUUUGGUGUUGCGUUAUUUGGUGGUAUUGUCUUCUCACUCUCUACUCCCUUAUUGUUGCAUAUUUUAACUCGAAGUCAUGUUACAAAAUUAUAUUACAACAAAAAAAGUAGGAUAUUCACUGCUUACAUGAAAGGAAUAUUACUAACUAAUAAAAAACUGGAAUUUACUGCUGAGGAAGUGAAGUAUGCCGAACCAGCAUUCACUAUGGCCAGCAUCACAGUCAGAGGGACACCGUUAUUUAUUUCAGAAGAGGAAUUUACAGACGUUGAAGUAUACAAACACUUAGUAA